GUUGUGGCACAAACUUAAAAAUUCUCAUUACAUUCUGGAUUUCAUUAGUGACAGUGACCUAAUAGCAGUGGCAAAAUGUCGUCGGACGAGUUAAGCAAAGAACAAAUCGCUCUUUUGAAAAACGCCUUCGAUACAUUCGAUGUUGAGAAGAAGGGCAGUAUUGGUACUGUUAUGAUCGGUACAAUCCUUAGCAUGUUAGGAAUUCAAACGACGGACCAAAUGCUCAAAGAUAUCAUCAAUGAAGUAGAUGAAGAUGGUUCUGGUGAACUGGAGUUCGAAGAGUUCAUUACUCUGGCUUCUAGAUUUAUGGUAGAGGAAGAUGCUGAGGCUAUGCAACAGGAACUCAAGGAAGCUUUCCGAUUGUACGACAAAGAAGGUAAUGGUUAUAUCACGACAAAAACGCUUAAGGAAAUUCUUAAGGAAUUGGACGACAAGCUAACAAAUGAUGAACUUGACAUGAUGAUAGCUGAAAUUGAUUCCGAUGGGUCAGGAACUGUUGAUUUUGAUGAAUUUAUGGAAGUUAUGACAGGAGGUGAUGAUUAAAUAAAUAUAUAAAAAAUGUAUUUGUCUUGUACUUGUAAUUAGAAAUAAAUAUUCUUUU